AUGAUACGGCCAACUCGUUUGGUACAAGCGUUGGAAGCCGGUGAUGUCCUCACCCUUCAACAAGCCUAUUUGCUCGCUUCUUUAUUUGAAACCUUGGGCGCCGCUUUGCUUGGAUAUCAAGUGACGGACACAAUGAGGAAAGGAGUCGUGGAUUUGGCAAUUUAUGAAGGAAGAGAAAAAGAAUUGGUUUUGGGACAAAUUGCAGUGUUGACGGGUUGUGGAGCUUGGCUUCUAAUUGCUACAUUCUUCAAAAUGCCUGUUUCUACAACUCAUUCAAUUGUUGGGGCGACAAUCGGGUAUUCAAUUUUACUUCAUGGAACUGAUGGUAUUAGAUGGUCAAAAGUUACAAAAAUAUUUGCCUCAUGGUUUGUUUCUCCAAUACUUUCUGGUUGUGUGUCAUCACUAUUCUUUUUAUUCAUCGAUCAUGCUGUUCUUCGAAGGAAUCGUCCAUUACAUUGUGGAUUAAUUUUGUUGCCAUUUCUCUAUUUUUUGUGUAUUUCUGUAAAUGUGUUUGCUGUUACUUUUGAAGGCUCUCAUUAUAUUGGAUUAGAUAAAUGGCCACUUUGGGCAGUUUUGUCGCUAAGUUUUGGUAUUGGACUUAUUGCUGCUCUAAUUACUCGUUUCUUUGUUGUUGAGAGGUUAAAAAAUUAUAUUUUAGUCAACACAUCAGAUGGCGAAGAACAAAUUAAAGUUGUUAGUAGUGUCAACAAUUCUAAUUCAGAAACAACAAGAAAUUCAUCAAAUUAUCGAAGAAUAUCAGAACCUGUCAGUAAUAAUGGAACAACAACAGAAAAAUCAGAAACAACAUUAUUAACACAAAAAUCAACUUCAGAAAAAUCAAAAAUUGAGGGAAAUGGGCAAGAAAUGUUACAAAAUAAUCAAAAUGGAUCUCUAGGAAAUGCUUCAAUAAGGCCAGCAUCAUCUUUACUAAGUUUUUUUCGUUCUUCAAAACCUGAGGAUCCAUAUGCUUCUCGUCUUUUUACUUUUUUACAAGUUUUGACUGCCUGUUUUUCUGGUUUUGCUCAUGGUGGUAAUGAUGUUAGUAAUGCAAUAGCUCCGUUAGUAUCCUUGUAUGCAAUUUAUGAUGAAGGAAGUGUACAUCAAUCAAAACAUACUUCAAUUUAUUUACUUUUGUAUGGAGCUGCUGGAAUGUGUGUUGGUCUUUGGCUACUUGGACAUAGGGUAAUCUACACAGUCGGUGAAAAUUUAACAAGAAUAACACCGCCCGGAGGUUUUGCAAUAGAAUUUGGUGCAGCAAUAACAGUUUUAUUUGCAUCAAAAUUGGGUUUACCAAUAAGUUCAACACAAUGUAAAGUUGGUAGUGUUGUUGCUGUUGGUUUAGUACAAGCACAUCCAGUUGUUCAUUGGUCUGUUUUUCGAAAUAUUUCAUUGUCUUGGCUAGUUACUUUACCUAUUGCUGGGUUAAUGAGUGCUGGUGUUAUGUUUUUGCUCAAAAUGAUUGCUCUUUAA